AUGGACGAGAAGGAUCCUCGUCCGAGCCCACCGAUUAUACGCGCACCUCUGACAGAUGCCACGCGCAGAAUAAACAACGGCGCCACCAUCCGGAGUGAGCCAGAGGAACGAACAACAGAAGAGGUCCGCGCCGAGAUAUUGUCCGACCCAAUGUCUAUCGUGACCAGCCCACUGUCGACCAAAGGACAUGUGGAAAUCAAUUGCAUGUCGCCAGAAGCGAAGUCACAAGUCAACUCAAACCGCAACUCGACUCUUUCCGCGCACUCGCUACUUUCCAACAAGGGAAAACGCAAGACCCAUGUCGGACCAUGGCAGCUGGGAAGAACCCUUGGAAGGGGCUCCACAGGGCGUGUCAGGUUGGCAAAGCAUGCUCUCACGGGACAGACAGCGGCGAUUAAGAUCGUAUCGAAGAAGUCUGCUGCGAUAGCUCAGAGUGAGAGUAUUGCGGCGAUGGACAAGAACAUCGGUCAUUAUAGCGGGGGAACAGCUAGGCCAAUGCCGUCCGGCAUUGAACGAGAAGUGGUUAUCAUGAAGCUCAUUGAACACCCCAACGUGAUCAGUCUAUACGAUGUGUGGGAGAACAGGGGAGAAUUGUAUCUUGUGCUCGAAUAUGUCGAGGGCGGAGAGUUGUUCGAUUACGUUUCAAACCAUGGCCCGCUGCCGGAGGAGGAAGCAGUUCGGAUCUUCCGACAGAUUAUCGCAGGUCUUGGACACUGCCACCGAUUCCAUAUUUGUCACCGUGACCUGAAACCGGAGAACAUAUUGCUCGAUGCGUGGCACAACGUGAAGCUUGCUGAUUUCGGCAUGGCUGCACUCCAACCCGCUGGCCACUGGUUGAACACAUCCUGCGGAAGCCCACAUUAUGCGGCGCCUGAGAUCAUAUACGGGCGAAGGUAUCGUGGCGACAAGGCGGAUAUAUGGAGCUGCGGCAUCAUCCUUUACGCGCUCUUGACGGGUUAUCUACCAUUCGACGGCGGUGAUCUUCCUACAACGUUGCGAUUGGUGAAAAAGGCAGAGUUCAUGAUUCCUCGCGAGCUCAGUUACGAGGCAACGGAUCUAAUUGAGCGUAUUCUUCGAAAGAAGCCGGAGGAUCGCGUCAACAUGGAGCAGAUUUUCAUGCACCCUCUCUUGAAGAAGUACGAAAAAUUUCACCAAGCAAGAUCCAACCACUAUUUGGGUCCUGCGCCGCCCAUCUAUGUACAUGAUUGUGGGCCACCAGUCCUUGCCAGACAGGACAUUGAUCUCGACCUCUUGAGGAAUUUGCAAACACUUUGGCAUGAUGUGAAACCGGACGCUUUGAUUCAAAGGCUUCUGGAGAACGAGCCAACCCAGGAGCGGAUGUUCUACAAUGCAUUGGUAAAAUUCAGGAACGAGCAGCUGGAGAACUAUCAAGGACAACCUCUUGAAUAUUCCGCUAGCGACUAUCACCACAUCUCACGGGGUCCAGCCCGCAUUGGCAACAAACGUACAGGCUCUCGCAAGCGAAAUCAAGUUCCAACUAGGGACAAGACAAAUAGUCCUGCCAGAGAGCCGAAGUCGUGCGCAACGGUGGAAAGCUACGACCCAUUCCGGUCUCCCAAGAAUCGAAUUUCAGAUAAAGAGCCUCAGUUCGCUAGAGUGACGAUUCAUCGCAGAAUUCCAGAAGAAAUCCACAAAGAGCAUUCGGCAGAGGUCGUCCAGGUGCCGAAUUCUGUUCCAGAUAGCGAUCCUGGAUAUGAGGAUUGUCCCCCCAGUUCUCCCUUUGCGGUGGUACGGAACAAGAAAUCUAAAGUCAACUCUAUGAAGUCAUUUCAAUCAAAAGCUUCAUAUAGCAGCUCUCGUCGACCCUUGAAUGCCACUCCAACACCCCGUUCGGCCAGCUACAAACGAAACGUGUGCUUUCGUCAUGGUCGAUAUCGCUCUCAGGGAUCGAUGUCUGCCAAAGCCAGCAAUACACAAGUUAACGUCCCGACGAUGAAGAAAGACGGCAGUGAUAGUAGCUUUGAAUAUGAAGAUGAUGGCGACCCGUUCUCCGACAGAUUCGGUAGCCCUGUGCUCCCUGCCCAGCCAACUGUUGUCCGAGGCAGUGGCAUUACAGUUAAGAACUGCUCUCAGAUGAGAAAGGUUCGAGAGUCUGACUUCAUCUGGAAAGAUGAAGCGAGGAAGGUUUCUCACGAGCUCGGUCAAAUCUGCGAAGAGGCAUUUAACGGCAGCUCUGUCUCUACCGGAUGUACCACGAGUACAUGCACAGACCCUGAAACUCCAGCAACGUCAGUCUCAAUGGCUAGCCCCGAGGACUCAUAUCGUCAAAUAUCGACGGCAAAGUCCAAGAGAAGGUCCGGUUCCUCAACCCCCGGUGCCUCGCCAAGGUCCUAUACAGUGGCUGAAUUGGCCGAGACUCGCCGCAGAUUAAUCCAGCACUCUACCCAUGACGGGGCUGAAGACGUCCCUGCAUACCUCACAGCGGUGAUCAGCCACCUCGAUCGGUUGAUCGAGCAAGACAAGCUUAGGCAGUCACCGAAACGGACCGGCUCUGGCCAAAACCCGCGUGUCUCCCAGGCGGACCAGCUCCCAAAACCUCCUCGUGAAUCAUCCUUUCUGCCGAUUAUAUCGGAGGAAGCCAAUGCACACACUGGACAUCCUGCGAAUACUAACGAAAUACAGCAAGACCUGCCAGUUUCGCUGCGCUCGGGACCUGGUAGUCGCCCAACCAGCAUCGUCAACGCCGGCAGAAGAACCAUACGGAUGGUUCCUCAGAGCUCUACACCGUCCAUGGAUAACAGCAAUCCUCUAGACGUGAGAAAGCGACACCGCAAUCGCGAAACGAACCUCGCAGACUCCCAACCAUUAGUCGAAGACUACGAGGCACUUCCGGAAAUCGAAAGCACGACAGGGACUAGAUACGCUUCUGCCAGCUCUCGUGCGAGCCGCAACCCAUGUGAACUGGCUCCCAUUGCAGAAAUCCCACCAAAGUCGCCCCGACGCAGUGCUCGUGGACCUGAGCCCAAGAAAUGGUCAUGGUUCCGCAAUCGAUCUCAUACAAGCACCGAGACCGCAAAGAUGCAAAAUGAAGACAAGCCUCUGCAAUCUAACGCUGCUGCUGUAGUGAUACAGGAGGUCAAUGAACCUGCACAACCUUCCCCAACUGAAGUUUCAACCCCUCCAAAAACCCAACCCCAGUCACCACCUAAACAGAAGCGUGGUUUUCUAAGCAAGCUCAUGAAAAGAAAGCCGAGCAACACACCCGAAACUCAGCCAACAGAUGACCCAGCGGAGAACAAUCCUCUGCUGAGGCAACUCAGCUCAAACGAAACCCCCUUGGACACAGAAAGCGCCCAGAAGCCUCUCCCCCGGAAACCACGGGCCCCGAGAAGCCAGAACUGGUUCGCCCGCGUAUUCCACUUCAAACCAGCCACCCGAGUCAUCGCUCUGAAUACCUCGAAGAUCAAAGGCCGGAAAGAAGUCUACAAGAUCCUCCGCGAAUGGGAAUGGAAACAGUACGGCCUGGAAGAAGUUUCCAUGGACAAAUCCAACAACAUUAUCCUAGGCCGCGUGGGCGAGGUAAACCUCCUCCGUCUCCGACCCGUCAAGUUCUCUGCGGAAUUCUACACCAUCCUCGAGCACGGACAACAGGCGAAUCUGAGUCUCGUGCGCUUCAGGCAGGAGCGUGGAGCCGCUUCAUCUUUCCAGAAGGUCGUGGACACCCUGCACUUGGUUAUGAAGCAGCGCGGGAUCCUCGUCGAAGACGCAUUCCGAGCUAAAAAGAUGACUCGAAUCCUGGAUGCGUUCCCGGACUCUUGAUCUAUCUCUCUACCCCCUUCCCCUGUCCUUUAUUGCAACAGGCUUCGCUUUUUG